CCUUCGUCAGUUGUGUAUCAGGACUUCAAUGACAGUUUCUUGCAACGGCGCUACUGACGUCGGUUUGGCAUUGCAGGAAUGUGAUGGAGAAUUGUAGUCAAUGAAGCGUGACCAGGGACCUCCCUCACCCCGCCAAGUGAAACGCAUAAAAAGCAAGACAGGCCGGUAUUUUCUCAGUCUCAAAAAGGCAGAGGUGCACAGAGACCGGCGACAGAUAGAUCCGUGUCACACUUCAACCAUCCGAAGACCUGUAACAUGCAGAACAACAUGAAGUCUUGGCUGGGUGUGUUCACAUUCAUAUUUAGCAUGCUGGUCUGCAUAGGGACCUUUGCAGACGCUUACCCUUCCAGACCCGACAACCCCGGCGACGGUGCUUCUGCAGAGCAGGUGGCCAAGUAUUACACCGCACUGAGGCACUACCUCAACCUCAUUACAAGGCAGAGGUUUGGAAAGAGAUCCAACCCCGAAACACUAAUGAUGACUGAACUGAUGCUGAGAGAUAAUUCAGAAAACUUUCCCAAAUUUAGGUAUGAUGAACCUUCCAUGUGGUGAUGAAAAUCUGCAGUUUCUUUAAUGUGAACAUACAUUCCAGUCAACAGAUCAUUGCUUAGAAAAUGAAACAUUCUCACUAUUCUUAAAGAAGCCAAUGCAUGUCGCUAUCAUUUAAAUCUGUAAAAGUUUUCUUUUCCUGCAUCAUAUAUUCUAUAUAAAGUUUAUUUAAAUGAAUUGCAGGUGCAUUAAAUAUGUAAUGCAUUAUAAAGCUGAAAAAGAAAUUAUUCUUUGUAUGGUAAGGACAGGUUUGUGCCAUUAAAAUUCAGUAAUAAAACAAAACAAUCUAAAUGGAAAAUUGUACAAAGUUAUCAAACUAUAUGCCCCAGAUAUUUAAUCUAAUAUCAACAUUAUCUAUUAAUAGCACAUAUGAUCUCAGUGACUUGUUCUGUGUAUGAUAAGCAUUGCAAUUCUCUAUAAUCGAAUGACCACAACCUGUGUUCUUUAAGCAGUGACAAAAUAUAUAACAUGUUCACAUACCCUUUAAGAUGUCAGCCUAAAUUUUCUUCCUCAUCACGUUGAUAGAUAUCUGAGACACAUUCAGGAACACUGGUCUCCUCUUUUUAUGAAAAAUUGUUGCACUUUGAGGUGAAUGGUGUAAAUUGAUAACAGGAGCAGUUUACUACUCUGUGUUUGGGACUCUGAGCAUUAGAAGGCAUGGGAUACACCAACAUUUAUACAGUACUUCCAACAUAACACAACUUCCUGAGGCACUGCAUUGAACACUGACUAGUGCAACACGAUGCUGUGUCACAUAAGGUAUUGAGUAAGAAGCUCAAAAACAAAUGUUCAUAGAAGUUGGAUUAAGGAUCACCUCAACAGAAGAAACAAGGGCUUCAGCAGGGAAUUAAAAAAUGUUGUGCCUUGGAAGGUAAAGGCAUGGACACCAGUGUUUGACUGAUUGAACGUGGGAAUAAUUGAGCAACCAGCAGUGGAAGAGCGCAAAAAAUAGUGAGAUGGCAGUGUUGGGUGGAAGAUGAAGCCAUAGGAAAUGUGAAAACCAGUGUAGGAACUUUAACUUCAAGUAGUUAUUUUGACUUUGGAAGUCAAUGUAGGUCAACGGGCA